ACAUCAAGGCAGCCUUUGUUUCAGAGGAUAUGGACUGAUGAGGUGCCUUCAGAGAGCAAACAGCCAAACAGCCUCCAACUACAAAGAAUGACUUCUACAGGCACAGCUGAGAAGAAAGAGGGCAAACAGCAAUCAAAAGAAACCUCCAUUCAUGUCCCCAACCCUCACCUUCAGAAUAUGAGAGAGGAUGUCUUGUAUCAUUUAGCCCUUGGAACCGGGACUCACAAUUUACCUGCCUUGUUUGGAGACAUAAAGUUUGUAUGCACUGGUGGGAGCCCUUUGCGAAUGAAAGCUUUUAUCAUCUACAUCGCUAAGGAGUUGGCCAUUGGGAACCCAGGUUCAGACUUCCCCAAUCUCUGUGCAGCAACAGAUCGAUACGCAAUGUACAAAGCCGGUCCUGUGCUGGCACUUAGCCAUGGAAUAGGGAUGCCCUCCAUCGCAAUCAUGUUGCAUGAGGUCAUCAAACUGCUGCAUCAUGCUAACUGCUCCAACGUCGUCAUUAUCCGCAUGGGCACAUCUGGUGGAAUUGGUUUGGAGCCAGGAUCUGUAGUGAUCACCAAACAGGCUGUAAAUGCCUCCUUCAAGCCUCAGUUAGAACAGACGGUCCUGGGGAAGUCUGUAUUUCGCAACACAGACCUGGAUGAGAAGUUGGCUGAUGAGCUACUAGACUGUGGCAAGGAACUACAUCAGUUCAACACAGUCAUUGGGAACACUCUGUGCACUCUUGAUUUUUAUGAAGGUCAAGCUCGCCUCGAUGGUGCAAUCUGUUCAUACACUGAAGACGACAAAAUGAAAUAUUUAAAAGCAGCUCACGAGGCCGGAGUAAAAAAUAUUGAGAUGGAAUCUGGCACUGUUGCAGCCAUGUGCAAUCUUACCGGCAUCAAAGGUGCCGUGCUAUGUGUCACACUCCUGAAUCGUCUUCAAGGGGACCAAAUUACCAGCUCUCAUGAAGUACUGCUUGAAUAUGAGGAGAGACCACAAAAACUGGUGGGGCACUUUAUUAAGAAGCGUCUCGGGAAAAAGUGACAUCUCCUCUUCAGACUUCUUGCUUUCAGUAAAAUCUGUGUGUUCCUUCACAAAUACAUGUUGAAAAUGUGCCUUGUGAUUUUUCCUGCAUUCAAUAGCAUUGCAAUUCAUACUUCAGUGCCCAGCACUGCAAUUUCAAGGUGCAAUAUG